AUGUGUACGGUGGCGAGACAAGUAUGGGCACAAUCUAACUUUAUGUUCCCUCGUGAUGGCUUCCAUGAAUCAUCUGUCUUCGUGAACUUCAACUACUUUAUGCGAAGCUUAGAUAACGUCAAUAUACCGAACAAGAUUGGCCUCGUGAACUCCGAUAUCUCCAAGAGAUCCAACUCCGGUCGUUUCUCCUCUCACAACGACGAGGUCUCGAUGAACUCAUUCCCGGCCAGCCGUUCAGAUCUGAGCAGAAGGAGCACUCCUGAACCGGCUUCUACAGCGCCGGAGAUCCCGGAAUCGGCUUUCGCUCAAACUCGCUAUGCCGUUUCCGAUGAAGAAGAAAGCGAUGAUGAUGCCUCGCUCAUUACCACGGAAGAGGAAAGUUCUACGAUCAUCCGGUCUUCCACCUCCAUCCAAGAAGAUGAAGGAGAAAGUUCGAUCGCUCCAUCUCCAAAGCCGAAAGCCGCCAAAGCACGAUCUACUCCGGUGAAGAAAGCUCCGGCUCGAGCUAGUUCACGUGCUAAAGGGAAGGCAAAGCAAACCGAGGGUUCCAAAUCCAAGAAACGUCUCUGGACAGGUUUGCUCUUUAGCUCUCGUGGAAUUUGGAUGAACGAGUUGUUGAUCUUAAGUCUGAAGCUAAUGGGGAUAUCCGGAUAUCAUCAUCAAGGGAGGUUUUCAAUCCACAGUAGUAGGCUUAGGAGUUAUGUGAAGUCUCAGAUUGUUGAUUUCUAUGCUGCAUUGCCUCAGCCUGGACCGAUAGUGUUCGAGUGA